CUGCAUUGUGCACAUAGGGAGAUACUAUAGUAGAAGGAUGUUCAGUAUACGUUACCCGCACAAAGCAUGGACUUGAAGUAGCAUCAUAAAUGAGUCAUAGACACUGUAAUCUAGACAGCACAAGCAGGUUCAGUUACAGUUAGCAUCAUGCAUCCUGCAGCAUAGUCCCCACAUCCUUCUUCAGCCACCAACCUGGGUUUAACCCACCUGCACCUUGAAAGAAUUCACUUUUGUGCUGUUUUAUUUAAUCCAGCAAUGAUCGGGAAGCCCUGAGGCACCUUAGCACACUGCCCUCAGUCGGUUGGAGAUCCUCACUGCACGCGGGGAGAGCAGUAUAGCAGCGCUCUCUGGCUCCUCUCCUCUCAUUCUUUGGAAGAUGGCGGACUGCGCUUCACUGUUAGAUGAGGAGCUCUCUUCAUUUGUCUUCAAUUACUUGACUGAAAACUCCGGCAGCCAGUAUGGGGAAGAGGAGGUCUGCUCAGACCGCCUGGAUGCUGACUUCCCUGACUUUGACCUCUCGCAGCUGGACGCCAGUGAUUUUGACUCAGUGAACUGCCUCAGUGAGCUGCAUUGGUGCAACGAGCACUCAGAUCACUCCCCUGCCUCCAUACAGUACAGCGGCGGGAACCCAGAGCUAUUCGAGGAAGAAAAUGCGGCACUGCUCGCUGCCCUCACAGACAGCCUGGACGGCAUUGUUGAGGACGGAGUCGGGGGUCUGUCUGUGUUCCCUUCGCUGGGGGACGACCCCGAGGAGGGCGAGGAGGAGGAAGAUGACCUCCUUUUGGACAGUGAGCCCCUCCCUGGCUCAUUGAGCCCAGAGACAGAAGACCCAUCUCUACUUAAAAAGCUCCUGUUGUCGCCCCCUAAUGUGCCUGCGGGCCUCGAAUCGCACAAAGACGUGCAUCGCCAUAGCAGCAGGAGCCAGCACGUCAAACCCGUGAAGCCUGUGCUCAAGAAGGACAAAUCAAGCACACAGGAGCGUAAGCCACGACCAGUGAGGCCCUCCGGUCGUCUUUGCACUGAACUCCACCGCCACCUCACCACCGCGCAGGAGGCCGAGGACGAGCCUUCAGCUGACACAGAGGAAGAGGAGGAGGAGGAAGAUGAAGAGGACAGUGACUCGGAGGAGUCGUCCAGCAGCGAGGGCGAGAGCAUGGUGUGCGUCGAGCCACCAAAGCCUCAGUUCUCCUCGGAGAAGGAACUGCACUCUGUAGUGGAGCUCAUCAAAUACAUGCACACGUACUGCCUGCCCAUACGCAAACAGGCCAGCUGGGAUCGCAAAGAGCGUAAGGCCAAGCCCGAGAGCUCGCAGGUCUCCCGCAGCCUUCCUGUGAACCCUCAGAAACCGGCUCCCCAGACCAAGCCGAGGGCUCCCUUCACUCGCCGCAGGGAAAUCAAAGCCCACUCCCUGCUGAAGGAGCUGCUGGAGGCCGUCAGCUCCUUUGACGUAAGCAAGCCUUACAGAAUGCACAGCCCCCCUUAUAUCCACUGCAGAGGGGCUGCGACUCGGCUCGGCACUGACCUUUCUUCCUCCUCUGCUCGUCAGCCCAAAGCCGAACCUAAAGACUCGGACUGCGAGAGCUCGCAGAAGGCCGCAAAGCGCACCAAGAGCCCCGAGCCGGAAGAAGGCUCCUUUUCGGUCAGGCGUUCUCGCCGGCUGGCCUCCUUCCCCAGCCGAUUUGCUAAGAAAGUGCGUGUGAACUGUGGCCGGUCGGAAGCCAGUGUUGGGCAAUCGAGCGAAGAGGAGAACGCGGUCAAGCAUCCUCCCGCUGAGCCUCCUUCUGAUAGCAGCCAGAAGAGCAGCUCCCACAAGACGUCUGAAGCCCAUAACCCCUGCUGCAGUGACGAGAAACGCUCUUGCCUCUGUUUGCCGCUGACGUCCAAAUCCAACGGAGACGCGCAGUAUGCCAACAAGCCCUUUGAGCAGACUCUCUCUGUGGAACUGUGUGGCACAGCAGGCCUGACCCCCCCCACCACACCCCCUCAUAAACCAGUGGAGGACGAGCUCUUCAAACCCGACGGAAAAGCUGAGCUCACCACCAAGAGCUCGUGCCUGGCGCGGGCGCACAUACGCAAGCUCCCAGAGCAGACCGAGCUGUACGCCCAGCUGCGGCGGAUGGGCCAAACGGGUGACACGGACACUAAGGGAGGGACGCAACGUGCGUACGGGGACCACGAUUACUGCCUGUUGGGCCUGGGAGAGAGUUGCAAGAUGAUGGCGGCGACACUCGGCUCUCAGUGCCAUGUGGAGGUGCAUGAGAAGAACGGAGAGCUGGAGGGACAGGAGGAGAGGCUCCUAACCGAUUGCAAGCAAAGGACUGAGGCUGAUUCGCCCGUGGCGUUGUCCACGCCCAGUCCAGAGCAGACCAGUCAACCCUCACCUGUCCGGUCUCCCACCCCAGAGCUGGACGCCCAGUCCCCAGUUUCCUGUUCGCCCCCCUCCCCCGGCUGCAAACUCCCCUUCAGCGAUGAGAGCUCUGUGACAUGCCACGGUGCACCUGAGAAAAGGAGCAUGACGAAGUAUGGACAAGAGAAUGAUGUGAACAAGUACCAAGUGAUCUACAUUCACAACCUUCCGAGCAGCGUCACUCAGUCCAUGCUGCGUAAGCGCUUCGAGGCCUUCGGCCGUCCGGAGGACUGUAAAGUGGUCAUCAAAAACGAGGAGCGUUGUGGGGUGAUCACACUGAGACCCACUCAGAACGGCCAGACCUCACGGCACAGGUGGGACUCGCUCGGUCCGAGCGGAGGGAGCGGCAGCCGGCGGUUCGGAAGGAAGCGUUACAUAGAUCUGGAUGAGGCGGGUCCCGGUCCGGUGAAGAGCAAAUAUGAUGCACUGGACUUUGAUGCUCUGCUGAAAGAGGCCCAGAGGAGUCUGCAUCGCUGACACGCGCCUUACCACGCCCCGUCUGAGACUCGCCUCAGCACCUCAACCAAGGCACUUCUUCAUGUUUACAUUUUGAACAUUGGAAUAAAAAUAAAAUAGACCUUGUCACUUCUAAGGAUCGGAGGUCAUUGGGGCGGGAGGAUUACAAAGGAACAGAAACAGCUCUGAGACACUGGACACAAGUGCUGCUUCUCGUGUGUGUUAAUGCCAUUCGUGAUGUUGCGAGUGGCUCGGGCUUUGUAGCAAACCGCACUCUUUUCCAUCGGUUGUUGUGACGUGCGUGUGCUUUUUUUCUUUUUUAUUUGUACCCCUUUGUCACUAUUCUUAGACCUGCAAGGUGCUUUCACCGUUUGUCGUACAAAUAUAUAAACAAUAACAGCUUUGUAUUAGCGAAACUUUGUGGAUGUUCAACUCUGUGUGUGUGUGUGUGUGUGUUACGAUGGAUUAAAAGUGGAUUUAAAAAAACAACAAACAAAAAAAUCCUACAAGGUAGAGUUUACAGAUCAAUAAGUCAAGAAAAAAAGUAGUCUUUUUGUAAUUUUAGUGCUUCCUUGAUUUCAUCUAUGCACUCAAACGAGGUAGUGCUUCUUUAGUCUGGCCUCUGCCCUCCUCUGGUGUGGAAGGGGCUUCUGCUGCUGGCUGUCAGACACAACCGAGUCCAAACCCAACUGUGCUACCUUAAAGCUGAAGUGUGUCAUUUUUUUUGACGUUAAAAUACAAUCCCAGCCAAAAACUGUAUAAGUAGACACAAAUCCUAAAAAAAAAAAAUCAAAACAUCUCUGUUUGUUUGAGCAGCCUGACACAUCCAAUGGUGUGAGUUGAGGGGCGGAGCUUUCUGUUUGGCUCACAAAUUGGAAACCUGAUUGAAAACAGUCAUUAUGUUUGGUGCAGAGCUACACACUUCAUCUUUAAUUCACCAGUUGCUGUUACUGUUUUACUUGUCAGAAUGCGACCCAAUCUGGUUUAGAAUCCCAAUCUGAUGGAAACGUUUUUCAAGAAUGUACCUAUCAAAAAUGCGAUUGUAAUGCCCAUCACAUUGGUCUAGAUUCGAAAGUACAGUUGAGCAUUUUCGACUCUCCCAGUAGCGUAGCCCUACCAGACAUCCAGGCUUUUGCUGAGAGAAGGGUGGCGGUAAACUAGGAGGAAGAUCUUUCCAGAGCUCAAUCUCAUUAGAGAUACGGUCGUAUCUCUGCUUUGUUUACAUGUCACUCUCUCAUAGUCUUUCUCUCUAUAAGCUCAAACACUCUUUUUUUACUCUCUCCUUUCCGACAGGGGAAGAUCUGCGGGUUUUUUCUAGCUCUUACCUUGUGGCUACUUCUCUCUUUGUCUUUUGUGUGUGUUUUUUGAAGUCUAAUCGUGUACCAGUGUAUAACUGUGUGUCGUCCGUGUCUUUUACGGGGUCUAGGGAUGGAUCCGUCCCUUAUUAUAUGCUGGGACCCAUUGCUUUUAUUCUGCAGGGGUCUCUUCGAAUCUUCGGCCUGUGGAUCUAGUGCAGUUGUGAGCAUGUGUGUGUGUGUGUGUGUGUGUGUGUGUGUGUGUGUGUAUGUGCUGGUUUAGGGAGAGCUGUCAACCUCUCUUUACUCCCUAACUCUCCCCUAUAGCCAGAAACACACCCCAAACCUGAAUGUUUACAUGACUGAAUUCUCUUUUGACUUUUACUAGAGCGCACACUAAGUACGGAACGCCUUAUUCGGUAUUUAAGUACCCUAUCAGGAUGUGCCUUUUGGCUUUCCCUUUUACGGUACUGAGCUGUUACUUGGACACGGCCUCUGAAUAUUACAGCCGCUUUUGUCCAAUUUGUCCUAUAAGAUCUUUAACUGAAUGAGUGUUUGCGCUUAGUAUGUAUACUACAAAGUAAGUGAGAGAUGUGCUGGUUUACAUGAUUAUAUAUAUAUGGAGAAGUAUAUAACGUGUAUAUAGCACUGUGUCUUGUGUAAACAUGAGAUGUAUGGUUAUGUGCUGUACGGCGAUGUGGUAACGCAUGGCUCUGAUUGCUCGUUGGUGAACCCGAUGAUGCAGCAUUAAGCAAUACAGUGAGAUCCAGAAGGGAAUUUUUCAUUGAUAUGGCUUCAUAAGUCAAACACAGUUGUAUAAAGUGUCCCUUUAGAAAUGGUUCUUUUUAAUGACAUUAAGAUGAAACGUUUUUCUUUUUUUACGCAAUAGAGAUGCAAUACCACUGAGAGAUCUAAGAAAGCUUUUCUUAUAACAGAAGGCUUUAUUGAAGAGGUUAGUUGUAUUAAGGGUAAUCGAAUCCUGUACUGUAUGUUGUAGACGGCUCAGAUCGUUCGAAAAGAAGGUCGACGUUUAGAAUCGCUGGCCGAGAGGGAAAAUACACAGACAGCCAAGUCUCACAGGGAGAGCCUUAAACCUUAGUGAAGAAAACACAUUGGAUUGUACAGGAGAUCAGAUAGGACUGAUAGCUUUGUUUUCCUCUGAGUAAACUUUUUCAAUACAGCCAUAUUAUAAAAGGUAUAUAUAUAUAUAUAUAUAUAUAUAUAUAUAUAUAUAUAUAUAUAUAUAUAUAUAUAUAUAUAUUUGUGUUUGUGUAGAUAAAUAUAUAGAUUAUAUAAUUUGUUAUAGACCAUUUUAUUCAGAUUCCGAACACCUCAAUACAUUUAAACACUAUCAAUCUAGAAUGUACAGAUCCAAAUUAAAAAUAAUAAUAAAAAAAGGGUUAAAAAAAAAAAAAAAAAAAAAAAAAAAAAACCUUCCAAAGGGAACCUUCUUCAAUGCAAUACAUUUUCCAGCCCUCAUUUUAGCGAUCGCUAGACAAGUUGACCAAAAAGUACAUUUGAUGUUUGGAUACAGGAGAAGUGAGGUAUCACAUCAAAUCCAUUUCAAGAGUCAUGAUUGUUUGACUUGGCCCUCUGUGUGUGUGUGUGUGUGUGUGAGAGAGAGAGAGCGAGAGAGAGUGCGCAUGUGAUUUCUUCCUGUUUUUUUAUUAGUUCAUACAAAUUAUCACUUUUAAUCUAUGGCCCCGUAAUUUGUUGUUCACAAAGUACAUGCUCUUGCAAGAUAGGAGAGAAUUUUCCUCUUGAAUCAGCAGUGAUUAUAUUCGGGGGAAGUUUAUAUUGUCUGUGCUAAACCUUGGAUCAUUUUUAUCAAGAAGUGGUGCCAGAGCAUCAGUUAAAGAAUCACACAUCCAUGUCGCAUUGUUUUGCUGCUUCAAGACCUUGUCUUUUGUGGAAACAAAAUUGGAGUCAAAGGGCAUACAUUUUUCUUCAUUGUCUUGCUGAUGUUGUUUAUUUUUUUUGGACUAUUUACAUCUAAUGACUAUCAAAUUUGCUGUGAUUUUCAUUUUUUAACAUAGUUUUCGGUAAAUACUGCUAGUAAGAUUUUAUAUUUUUACAUAUGUUUUGAGUUGUUUUUUUUUUAUUUAUAUGCCACUUAGCUUGGAAGUCUUGAAAUGGUAUUAGUUUUAUUUUCUUAAUUUUUGUCUUUUUUUUUUUUUCUUCUCGGUAUUGUGUGAUUUUCAUACAUCUUGAGAAUGUGGAGACAAAAGCAUUUCAGUAUUUUUUAAAUUGUUAAAAUCUAGUUUCCUAGCUCAAAUCUAUAUAGUGGAAAUUAUUUGAUGUCAUAAAUUAUAUUUUAAUUCAUGUAAAUAUUUUAAAAAAGCAGAUGAUGGCUUCCUUUUAAACUGAACACAUUUCUCUUCCGAGAUUGUUUACAUUAUUAAACUGUAGAAACUGAUCCUCAUAUACUGUAAAAAAAAAAAAGUACAUAUAUUCAUUGUUUUGCCUCCAAAAAAUAAAAUCCAUUAUGAACAACA